UGACUACAAGCAUUAUUUUUGUUCUGGACCUGGGAGUCCCAUCCUCAACCCUGGUCGCCUCAGCCACUUUGCUGGGCUGAACUUUUGCUGGAUUUCUCUCUCCCUCUCCUUCAGCCACGUAAAAGAUUGAAAUUCUGUAAUUCUUAAUUGGCUACUGUGUAUCAAAAGUGAACUUAGCAAGAGAAAUCCAGGAUGUCUUUACCAUUCUAUCAGAGGCAUCAUCAACAUUUUGAUCGUGCUUAUCGCCACAAGGAGCUGGAGUCCACUCUAAGUCAGUACCAAAAGGAAGAGAAGCGCAAAUCUGCCAUCUACACUCAGGGAUCUACCGCCUAUAGUAAGAAAGCAGCCUUGGCCUACCGCUAUGGGUCAGCAUCUAGCCAGGAAUUAGCAGAAGCCUAUGCCCAUGAAUCAGCAGCUCACAUUAAAAGUUCUUCAGCAUACAGUCAAGGAUCUGAAUUGAUGAGUAAGAAGGCUGAAGCCUACCAUCUUGGAUCUGAGUUGGUCAAUAAGAAAGCUGAAGCCUACCGCCUUGGAUAUGAAAACUACAAUCAAGGAAAAAUGAUAGAAGAUUAUUCUGUAAAAUUAAGUCCUAAAGCAAAGCGAGCUAAAAAGAGUAUACGAUCAGAAGAGAAAGAAAACACAAUUGUUGACUAUGUUGUACCUGUGUUUACAGGAAGACAAACGCAUAUUAGUGGAAUUACAGACACAGAAGAAGAAAGAAUUAAGGAAAGUGCUGCAUAUAUUGCAAGAAGGAACCUUUUUGCAACUGGAGAAGGCAUUACUGCAACCAGAAAGGAAGCCUCAUCUUCUGUGGAAGAACAUGCAAGAAGGAACCUUUUUGCAACUGGAGAAGGCAUUACUGCAACCAGAAAGGAAGCCUCAUCUUCUGUGGAAGAACAAACACACAAGAAGUCAAGAAAAGUAGUAAUACGAGAGAAAGCUGAACAAAUGGUUCUAAAGAAAACGUUAAGUGACACAGAAGAAUUCCACAGAAAGUUGAAUGAAGAUAGUCUGUUACAUGCUCCUGAAUUUGUUAUCAAACCUCGUUCCCAUACUGUCUGGGAAAAACAGAAUGUCAGAUUACACUGCACUGUGACUGGCUGGCCAGAGCCUCGUGUUACAUGGUACAAAAACCAUGUUCCCAUCAAUGUUCAUGCUAAUCCUGGCAAGUACGCAAUUGAAAGUCGGUAUGGGAUGCACUCUCUGGACAUUAACAAAUGUGAUUUUGAAGACACUGCGCAGUAUCGUGCUUCUGCCAUGAAUGUAAAAGGAGAGCUUUCAGCCUAUGCUUCCUUGGUGGUGAAGAGAUACAAAGGAGAGUUUGAUGAAAGCUUUUUCCAUGCAGGAAUUGUCACCCUACCCCUGAGCUUUGGUGUUACUCCACAUGGCUAUGCUUCCAGGUUUGAGAUCCACUUUGUGGAUGCAUUUGAGGUUUCCUUUGGAAGAGAAGGUGAGACGAUGAGUCUGGGGUGUACAGUUGUCAUUCACCCUGACAUUAAACGUUUCCAUCCAGAAAUCCAAUGGUACAGGAAUGGAGUUCUGAUUUCUCCAUCCAAAUGGAUCCAGACGCAUUGGAGUGGAGAAAGGGCUUCAUUGACCUUGACUCAUGCUAACAAAGAAGAUGAAGGUCUUUACACCCUCCGGGUGGUGAUGGGAGACUAUUAUGAUCAGUAUAGUGCUUAUGUUUUUGUUCGAGAUGCUGAUGCUGAAAUAGCAGGAGCCCCUGGUUCUCCACUGGAUGUGAAAUGUUUGGAUGCUAACAAGGAUUAUGUUAUCAUCUCCUGGAAACAACCAGCUGUUGAUGGGGGAAGUCCCAUCUUGGGAUACUUCAUUGAUAAAUGUGAAGUUGGCACUACCCGCUGGUCCCAAUGCAAUGAGACGCCAGUGAAGUUUGCUCGCUUCCCAGUGACAGGUUUAAUAGAAGGACGCUCCUACAUAUUCCGAGUCCGAGCUGUGAAUAAUGCUGGAAUAAGCAUCCCAUCCCGUGUUUCAGAACCUGUAGCGGCACUGGAUCCUGCUGAUAGGGCUAGACUUAGAAGUCACCCUUCUGCCCCCUGGACUGGACAGAUUAUUGUCACUGAAGAAGAACCUACAGAGGGUAUUGUUCCCGGACCACCUUUAGACCUCCAUGUUACAGAAGCCACAAAGAACUAUGUUGUGCUUAGCUGGAAACCUCCAUAUGAACGGGGCCAUGAGGGUGUCAUGUACUUUGUUGAAAAGUGUGUUGCAGGAACUGAAAACUGGCAGAGAGUAAACACUGAGAUCCCUGUAAAGUCCCCUCGCUUUGCACUUUUUGACUUAGCUGAAGGGAAGUCCUACCAGUUCCGUGUCCGUUGCUGUAAUUCAGCUGGAAUUGGUGAACCCUCAGAAGCCACUGAAGUCACUGUGGUUGGUGACAAACUUGAUAUUCCUAGUCCUCCUACCCAACUUGUACCUACCAGAAAUACAGACACCUCUGUAGUUCUCACUUGGACAGAACCCAAAGAUGCAAAAGAGUUGGUUGGAUACUACAUAGAAGCAAGCAAAGUUGGAUCUGGUCACUGGGAACCAUGCAACAAUAAUCCAGUGAAAGGCACAAGAUUCACUUGUCAUGGACUUACUAUUGGGGAUCGCUACAUUUUCCAUGCCAGAGCAGUUAAUGCAGCCGGACUCAGUGGGUAUUCACAGGAAUCGGAAGCAAUUGAAGUCAAGGCAGCUAUUGGGGGAGGAUUGCUUCAUGAUGUAUGUCCUGGACUAAGUGGUAAAGCUGAUGGACUAACAGACCACACUGCCAACUGGGAAGGCAUGCAUGAGUCCUCCCAGCCUGUCUUUGACACAGAUGCUUUGUUAAAAUGCAAUGCUAAACCUAACAGACAAACAGUGCCUGAUAGUUCUGGUAAGCAGAGGAGUCCAACAGACAAAGUGGAUGAAACAGUUCCACCCCCUUCGUCACAAAAGGCAACUACCAAGCAGGCAAGUAAGUCUCAUCCUGGGGAUCGCUCAGCAUUGGAGAAAAUGAAAAAGAAUAAAGAUAUAGCUCCUCCAUCUCCACCAUAUGACAUAACUGUGCUUGAAAGUGUUCAUAACUCAAUGGUCCUUGGAUGGAAACAGCCAAAAACUAUUGGUGGGGCUGAAGUAACUGGCUAUUAUGUGAAUUACCGGGAAGUGAUUGAUGGAAUACCUGGAGAGUGGAAAGAAGCUAACAUUAAGCCAGUUAGUGAAAGGGCAUACAGGGUCCAUGACUUGAAGGAAAAUACAACCUACCAGUUUCAAGUGGCUGCUGCUAACCUAGCUGGGCUUGGCACACCUUCUCCAGCUAGCCGAUCCUUCAAAUGUGAAGAAUGGACCAUCGCUGUUCCAGGACCACCCCAUGAUUUGUCAUGCAGUCAAGUUAGAAAAGAUUCUUUGAUUGUAUUAUGGAAACCUCCAGUUUACAUUGGCCGAAGUCCUGUAAUUGGUUUUUAUGUCGACAUGAAAAAAACAAAUGCAUCAGAUGAACAUUGGAGGAGUGUGAACGAGAAAGCUAUUACAAACACAUUCUUGAAGAUCAGUGGCCUAAUAGAAGGCACCAGUUAUGUGUUUCGUGUACGAGCAGCAAAUAAAGCUGGAGUUGGGAAGCCUUCAGAUCCCACUGACCCUGUAAUAGCUGAAACCCGACCAGGAACAAAGGAAGUUGUUGCUGAAGUAGAUGACAAUGGAGUAAUUUCAUUGAACUUUGAAUGUGAUCAGAUGACUGCAGACUCUAAAUUCAUCUGGUCCAAGAAUUAUGAACCAAUUGAUGAUGAUUCUCGGUUAGCCGUUGACACCAAAGGUGGAAAGUCAAAAGCUAUCUUUAAAGAUCUUAGUGAAGAAGAUUUGGGCAUUUACUCCUGUGAUGUAACAGACACAGAUGGAGUCUCAUCAAGCUAUGUAAUAGAUGAGGAAGAAAUGAAACGUCUACUUGCACUCAGCCAUGAGCAUAAAUUUCCUGUUGUCCCUCUUAAGUCUGAAUUGGCAGUUGAAAUUCUGGAGAAAGGUCAGGUGCGAUUCUGGCUACAGGCUGAGAAAUUGUCUCCUAAUGCUAAAGUCAACUUUGUAUUCAAUGACAAGGAAAUUGUUAAUGGAGAGAAAUACAAGAUGAAAGUUGACCACAAUUCUGGUAUGAUUGAAAUGUUUAUGGACAGACUUCAAGAUGUGGAUGAAGGUACUUACACCUUCCAACUUCAGGAUGGAAAAGCAACCAACCAAUCCAGUCUUGUUCUUAUUGGUGAUGUGUUCCAGAAACUACAAAAACAAGCAGAAUUCCAGAGGCAAGAAUGGUUCCGGAUACAAGGUCCACAUUUUAUUGAGAAUCUGGGAUGGGAAGUUACCUCUGAAUGCAAUGUGUUACUGAAAUGCAAGGUAGCCAAUAUUAAGAAAGAAACACACAUUAUUUGGUACAAAGAUGAAAGACAGAUAAUGGUUGAUGAAAAACAUGACUUUAAAGAUGGUGUAUGUACUCUGCUGAUAACAGAGUUUUCUAAGAAAGAUGCUGGUAUAUAUGAAGUAAUAUUGAAAGAUGACCGAGGAAAGGACAAGAGUGUAUUGAAGCUUGUGGAAGCAGCUUUUGCAGAUUUGAUGACAGAAGUAUGCAAAAUGAUUGCUUUAUCUGCAACAGAACUGAAAAUCCAGAGCACAGAAGAGGGUAUCCGAUUACAUUCAUUUGUUAACUACUACUUGGAAGAUCUGAGAGUGAGCUGGUCACACAAUGAUGCCAAAAUUAAGUAUACUGAUAGAGUUAAGACUGGUGUCACUGGGGAGCAAAUAUGGUUGCAAAUCAAUGAGCCAACAUCCAAUGACAAGGGAAGAUAUAUAUUGGAGCUCUUUGAUGGUAAAACUGGACACACAAAAAAAGUGGAUCUUUCUGGGCAAGCAUUUGAUGAAGCUUUUGCUGAAUUCCAGAGGUUAAAAGCAGCUGCUGUUGCAGAGAAAAAUCGUGCCCGGGUGCUUGGAGGGCUCCCCGACGUUGUCACUAUCCAGGAAGGCAAGGCGCUUAAUCUUACUUGCAAUGUCUGGGGAAAUCCUGCCCCAGAAGUUUCAUGGCUGAAGAAUGAAAAGCGUCUGAUAGGAGAUGACCAUAUCAUCCUGAAAUAUGAAUCAGAAAAAAAAGCCUGCUUCACCGUCACUUGUGUCACUACAGUUGACUCAGGGAGGUACAGCCUUGUAGUGAAAAACCAGUAUGGGACAGAGACAAGUGAUUUCACUGUAAGUGUGUUCAUACCUGAGGAAGGGAUUCCCCCAAUGGCCCAUCUAGAACAUGAUACAAAAGAUAAGAAAAAGAAGGCAUGAAGCUAAAACUAUGAUGGACAAAUGUUUAAGAGCGUGAAUUCUACCUGGUUUAAUGAUGUGUGUGUAAACUGUUUUGCCAGUGAAUAGGAGGUAGGUCUGAAUCCUUUCACUCGUCUCGUUUUAGGCACUGUAAUUUACUUACGUCAGGCAAAAAUGGAUAAUGUUCCUCUCCCCACAACCUUCUGUCACAUGAUCUUCUUAUAUUUUCUCUUCUCUCAGCCUUUAAUCUUAAAUCAGGCAAAAACUGUCAGUGAGUGCAUGUGGCAAUCAUUUGCCUAUUUUUCAAAGUCUGGCCGUUCAUAAGUCAGAAGCAUAAUAUUUAAGGAAGUCAUUUAAUCAGUGAGGGAAGUGAAAGGAUGAGAAAUUACAAUGGUUUAUUGGAGAUGAUUUUCUCAACUGGAAUCUGGAUUUGAGUUUAUUGGUAAUCUAGUAUCAACUGAGUGUAUUGUAUAGGACUAGAAAGUAGAUGUUAAAGCAAACAAGUGCUGUGUGUUGCCAUGAUAUUAAUACACACCAGUAUCGGUGAAAACUUUUGAACUCUCCUCAGUAUUCAAAAAUAAAUAAAUGAAACACUUUUCUUUCA